UUUCAAUCUCCUCGAAUCUCAUUCCCCAACCACUCCAAUUCUGUUCCGUCUUCCAUGUUUUCCGAUAGUUUGUCUAUAAGCGUCAAACUUGUCAGAAAUCGGUCCGACUGGAAUUAGCUGAAAGUGAGACUGAAAUCUACGCCGCCGCCGCCGCAUCCCGGCCGCCACUAUUACUCACCACUGCCUCUGCUCAUCAGUCGUCAGUCACCUCUCCGCCUCAUGCCCUUAACCCCGCUAUGGCCGUCUGAUCCUUCUCUCUUAGCCAGCCAGUGUCGCCAGUCAAGUAAGUGUGGUCACUUCUGGCUGUAGCUCGGUCGCGGCGGAAGCGAUCUUCGUCUGGUUUGGUUAUAGUCUCCGACUCUCCGUAAUUCAGUAGAGGCUGAAGUUGCCAAAGAGACAGCGUCAGCAUUGAAGUUGAGAGCGGAGCCACAGAUUUUUCGCGAUUGUCGACGUCUUCCCUCUGGGACGUAAUCUCCGUUUCUCGCUGCUGUGUAAAACUUGAUAAGGAACGCAGCUUCCAGCUUUGCUCUGGCCACAUCUGUUCCAAUUUCCAAGCACUGCCGAUCACUUCAGUAGUUCCCGCUUGCAGCUUCGGCCUUUAGGGAUGUGGCGGAAUUCUACUGGAUCUGAAUUUUAGAAUGAUGAUGCUGGGUGAAUUGUACUUCUGACUGGAAUGCAAAUGCAAUGGGGAUGUACCCUUUAUCAGUGCUUGUGUACCUCUUAUGGUGCAUGUUUCUAUGUCUAUUCCAGACACGACUUUGCGUUCUCAGUUCAAUGGAGUGUGGCGGUGGAGGGUAUUGGUUAGGAAACUGUCUGCAAGACUCGGAAUCAAGUUUGAGCAACAGCUCCUCCACGAGUGUUACUUCCAGCAAGGCUGAAAUAGCUGAAUUUUCUUCCUCAAUGAAGGGUUCUGUAUCCUGUGAAGAUCUGGGAGGAGUUGGAUAUUUUAAUACCACCUGCUUGCUGCACUCAAAUGUGACUUUAGAAUCUGACCUCCAUGUUUAUGGCACAGGCAACCUUGGGGUACUUGCUCAUGUUUCGGUUCUGUGCCCUAGUGAAGGUUGUGUGAUUGCUUUCAAUAUGACUGGCACAGUUAACAUUGGGCAAUAUGCAGUUAUUAGUGCUGGCUCAGUUUUCCUCUCUGCUGCUAACUUGACCAUGGAAGAUAAUUCUUUCAUAAACACAACAGCAUUAGGGGGUUUGCCACCUUCUCAAACUAGUGGUACGCCAGUAGGGUUUGAUGGAGCUGGUGGAGGACAUGGUGGUAGAGGUGCUUCCUGUUUGAAAAAGAAUGACACAAGUAAUUGGGGUGGUGAUGUUUAUGGAUGGUCAUCAUUGCAUAGACCGUCGAGCUAUGGAAGUAAGGGUGGGGGUACCUCCUCCGAGAAAAAGUUUGGUGGGAAUGGCGGAGGACGUGUCAUGCUACAAGUGGAAGAGAUAUUUUACUUGAACGGAUCCGUUGUUGCAGAGGGUGGGGAUGGAGGAGUGGAUGGCGGAGGUGGAUCUGGUGGGAGUAUCUUUGUGCUUGCUGUAAAGCUGAAGGGAUAUGGAUUUAUAAGUGCAGCAGGUGGGAUGGGGCUGGGUGGAGGUGGUGGUGGAAGAGUUUCUUUGGAUUGUUACAGCAUACAAGAAAACGUGAAGGUUACUGUACAUGGUGGUUACAGUAUAGGAUGUCCUGAGAAUGCUGGAGCAGCUGGUACAUAUUUUAAUGCUGAUUUGCUGAGUUUGAGGGUUGGAAAUGACAAUAUGACUACAGAAACGGAGACCCCUUUGCUAGUUUUUCCUGUCGCUCCUCUAUGGUCAAAUGUUGUCGUGGAGAACAAUGCAAAAGUUUUAGUGCCCCUGCUAUGGAGUAGAGUUCAGGUUAGAGGCCAAAUAAGUUCGUACUGUGGAGGGAGCAUUGUGUUUGGAUUGGCUAAAUAUCCCGUGUCUGAAUUCGAGCUCGUGGCCGAAGAGCUUUUAAUGAGUAAUUCUGUUAUAAAGGUUUUUGGUGCAUUUAGAGUUGCUGUGAAAGUGUUGCUUAUGUGGAACUCCUCCAUUGAAAUUGACGGGCGUGGAAACACUGUUGUUACUGCUUCCAUCCUCGAAGUCAGAAAUCUGAUUGAUCUCAGGGCAAGUUCCGUCAUUAGUUCCAAUGCAAACUUGGGGGUCUAUGGUCAAGGACUAUUGAGGCUGACAGGCCAGGGUGAUGCAAUCAAAGGCCAACGACUUUCAUUGUCUCUAUUCUACAACAUAACUGUUGGUCCAGGUUCCCUACUUCAAGCUCCAUGGGGUGAUGAUGCCAGCAGAAGUUUGUGAGGUUACCAAGUCAAUGUGUGAGACAGAGAUAUGCCCUGCAGAUAUCAUUGUUCCUCCAGAUGACUGCCAUGUCAAUUAUACAUUGUCCUUUUCACUUCAAAUCUGUCGUGUUGAAGACCUCCUUGUGAAUGGUAUUGUAAAAGGCAGUAUUAUCCACAUCCAUCGGGCAAGAACUAUCAUUAUUGAUACUGAAGGCUCUAUCACUGCAUCUGAAUUAGGGUGCAGUACGGGUAUUGGAAAAGGGGAGUACAUUAACAGAGCUGGCAGUGGUGCUGGGCAUGGUGGGCAAGGAGGUUCUGGAUAUUACAAUGGAAUAUUGAUCGAUGGUGGCAAUGCAUAUGGUAAUGCUGAUCUUCCUUGUGAGCUAGGGAGUGGAACUGAAGGUCCUAACCAGUCUUAUAGGAAUAUCAUUGGAGGAGGAAUGAUUGUCAUGGGCUCUACCCAUUGGCCGUUGUUAAGGCUCGAUCUGUAUGGGUCUUUAAGUGCUGAUGGCCAGAGUCCUCAUGACGUGUUAAUAGAGAAGAAUGAUUCUUUUAUUGGUGGACUUGGCGGUGGCUCUGGCGGCACCAUCCUUCUUUUCGUUCAGAUGCUAAUGCUUGCAGAGACUUCCAAUUUGUCUGCUGUUGGUGGCAAUGGUGGCUCUCUUGGUGGUGGAGGAGGUGGAGGCGGGAGAGUUCAUUUUCAUUGGGCUAACUUUGAAUCUGGGGAAGAAUAUGUUCCAGUAGCAAGCAUCAAUGGUACCAUUAAUAGUAGUGGUGGUGCUGGGGAUGAUGGUGGCCUUUUUGGUGAAGGUGGCACAGUCACAGGCAGAAGUUGCCCAAAAGGUCUCUAUGGUACAUUUUGUGAGGAAUGUCCUGUUGGCACCUUCAAAGUUGAAGAGGGCUCAGAGGAAAGUCUUUGUAUUCCUUGCUCUCUUAAGGUUCCUCCUGGACGUGCAUAUUUUGUAUAUGUGAGAGGAGGAGUUACUAAUACCUCAUGCCCAUACAGAUGCAUAUCUGACAAAUAUAGGAUGCCAAAUUGUUAUACCCCGCUUGAAGAGCUUAUGUAUGCAUUUGGAGGCCCUUUGCUGUUUGUCUUCGUUCUGUCUUUCCUGGUGGUGCUUAUAGCUCUAUUUUUUAAUACCUUAAGAAUUAAAUAUGUUCGGUCAAGUUCGUAUGGUCCAAAGUCAGUUGCCCAUCAGAGUCAUCAUCAUUUGCCGCAUCUACUAUCUCUCUCUGAGGUGCGGGGAACUAGAGCUGAAGAAACUCAGAGUCACGUUUAUAGAAUGUACUUUAUGGGUCCCAAUACUUUCAGGGAACCUUGGCAUCUUCCCUACUCUCCUCCCGAUGCUAUAAUUAGUAUAGUGUACGAGGAUGCUUUCAAUAGAUUUAUUGAUGAGAUAAACUCUGUUGCUGCAUAUGAUUGGUGGGAAGGGUCGGUACACAGCAUACUUUCUGUGCUUGCCUAUCCUUGUGCCUGGUCAUGGAAACAAUGGCGGCGUAAAGUAAAAGUUCAUCGGCUUCAGGAAUAUGUCAAGUCUGAAUAUGAUCACUCAUGUCUCCGUUCUUGCCGAUCACGAGCCUUGUACAAAGGGAUGAAGGUUGGAGCAACUCCAGACUUGAUGGUUGCCUACAUUGACUUUUUCCUUGGCGGGGACGAGAAACGUUUCGACAUUGUAUCUACUAUUAAAAAGAGGUUCCCUAUGUGUAUAUUGUUUGGUGGGCAUGGAAGCUAUAUGUCACCCUAUAAUCUUUGCAGCGACACGUUGAUAACCAAUCUUCUUGGUCAGCACAUCCCUGCAAGUGUCUGGCAUCGUUUGGUGGCUGGCUUAAAUGCUCAGUUGAGGACUGUGAGGAAUGGAUCUAUCCGCACCACGCUAAUUCCUGUUAUUGAUUGGAUAAGGAGCCAUGCAAAUCCACAAAUUGAAUUCCACGGAGCCAAAGUAGAGCUUGGAUGGUUUCAAGCUACAGCUUCUCAUUACUAUCAGCUGGGGAUAUUGGUAGUUACUGGUGAAUAUGCGUUCCAGAAUACAUGGGAGGCAGACAAGUCUGAUAGAAUGGACCUUAAAAAACCAAGGGAGAGUGCCUCAUGUUCAAGCAGGCAUCUUCAGCAGCCACUGAAUGAGUUGCCAAGCAUAAAUCAAGCUUCAUCUCGUAAGAAGCUGACUGGUGGAAUUAAUGGAGGUGUUAUUAAUGAGGUUACAUUGAAAUCUUUGGAUUAUAGAAGGGACUUCCUCUUCCCGCUCUCUCUCUUAUUGCAUAAUACAAGACCUGUUGGUCGUCAGGACACUGUUCAGCUUUUCAUUAUGAUCAUGCUUCUGGCUGAUCUUUGUGUCACUCUUCUAACAUUGCUUCAGUUCUAUUGGAUUUCUUUGGGAGCCUUCCUUGCUGUGCUGCUGAUACUUCCUCUGUCCUUGCUUUCUCCAUUCCUAGCCGGUUUGAAUGCCUUAUUCAGCAGAGAGCCUAGAAGAGCUUCACUUGCUCGCAUAUUUGCACUGUGGAAUGCUACAUCUUUAUCUAAUCUUGUUGUAGCUUUUAUCUGUGGCAUCAUCCAUUAUGAUCUUUAUUUCUGGAAGUCGGUUGACGAGGGAAACACAUGGAACAUUGGGAGGUGAGCUCAUCUUUCUGCUCACGAAUUUGUGAUAUAUUUUACACUGCAGGGUUGUUUGGAACAUUAAUUUUGAGCAUAAAACCGAGGAUUAGAGCUUUAUCAAGAAGUUCUUGGUUGGUGGACCACAAAAUGGCCAUGAUCCUUGCAUUUCGCAUUUCAUGGGAGAUACCAAGUCCAUGGGUGUCAUGGGCUUGACAAAUCCUCCUCCCCGUAUGGGUUUGUGGAAUCCCAUUCCUUCAAAUCUGUGGAUUCCGAUGGUCGAAACUAAAUGGCAUUCAUCAAAUUGGCCCCUAAAUAAUGGACAGGGAGGACGAUGGAUGGUGGUUUUUGCCAACGGUCCUUGCGCUAAUGAAGUCGAUUCAAGCUCGUAUUGUGGAUCUCCACAUUGCUAAUCUUGAGAUUGAGGACUUCUCUCUCUUCUGUCCAGAUCCUGACGCUUUCUGGGCAUAUGAAUCUGGUCCUUGAUUUUGCUACAGCAAAAAACAUCCGAUUGAAAUUCUGUAUAUAUCAACUUCAUUCUCCGCUUCUUGGUUCCAUUGGCCGCGCUGUGUAAAUUCCUACGAGUGUCUUGUUUUGAAGCCUCUGUCACAGGUCAGUUGUGCAGUUUUGUUCUUUGAUUUUUUGUUGGUGUAUGAUGGUGGAACAAGAACUAGAAGAAAGACUGGGAGCAGGAUGGUGUAUUCGUGGUUUGUGUACAAAAAUUAGUAAGGGUAAUGCUAUUAGCUUGGCAAAUGUUUUUUUUCUUCUCACUGUAGCAUAUUUUUCUCUUUCGAGUAACGUAGGGCAUGAGGAUUUGUAUGAAAAUUGAAAGGUGCCAGAGUGCAUUAGUCGAAAGCAUCGUUAACCAGCG